AAUCAAAGAUAAUUAAAGAACAAUCAAUCAAUUUUGAAAGUAUCAGAAUGAAAUCUAAAAUAGACAAUCUCACCCCCUCCUCAAAAAACCUACAAUUCUUCUUUUCCAAAAUCAAAAAGAGACAUAAAUUAACAGAAAUCAAGUCCCUAAGAGACAGUAAAAGCAUUGUUCAAUCAAAAAUUAAGGAAAAAUUGGAUAUAGUAGAACGUUUUUAUAGCUCUCUAUAUAAGAGAAAGGAUACAUGCCCAAAAACUCAGGAAUUCUUUAUAUCAUAUAUCAAACGAGUCUUGACAGAACAACAGAAAGACCAAUUGAAAGAAGACCUCUCCAUACCAGAAAUAAAAAAGGACAAAGAACAUUCUCCCGGAUAUAACGCACCCCCACCAAUUUUCAAAACUUCCGAACAAAAUCAUCGACUUGAACCUUCUUCUGAGAGAAAUAACUGCAGACACCAGAAACCAGAAACUAGGAUCAUUAAUUUCCCUGGAUUUCCAGAAGGCCUUCGAUUCCAUAGAUCAUGGUUUUAUGUUCGCUACUCUACACAAGCUAUUAACGAAGACCGAAAUAUCCACGGAAUUAGACUCCAAGGUAUAAAAGAGGAAAUCAAAACUCCAGCAUUUGCGGAUGACACCGCUAUCACCACCCGAGACGAAUUGUCCGCAAAACGAGCCAUUGAUAUGGUAAAGCUCUAUGGGAACGCAUCUGGUAUGGUUUUAAACUUAUCCAAAAGCAAAGGUCUGUGUUUUGCACGUAACCAAUAUGACCUACAAAUAAACUGGGUCAACUCAGUGCAGAUCGUCGGAAUUCGGUAUGGGAAUGUAGUGAAUGGGAAAGCAUGGAAUGACAAAAUUAAUGAAUGUAAGGAAAUCUUACAUAACAUUGGACAUAGAUCGUAUAACUUAGAGGAACGGAAAACAAUAAUUAAAUCUAUCAUACUCCCCAAAAUGCUGUAUCUAGCUCAAACUGAACCACUCGGACCAAAACACAAAUAUCAAAUUCGCAAAAUAACCCAGAAUUUCCUAUUGCCAAACAGAGAAGACAUCGAUUUCAACAUACUAACCCUGGCAAAAAGUGAAGGAGGCAUCGACCUACCCAAUAUACCUUUGAUUUUAGACCUUCAACUUGGUAAAAUUAUUUUACAGCAUCUACAGAAACUCCAUGGCGACAUCGAACAAGACAAAUCUAUCUACUCCAGAAUCGACCAGCAAAUUGGACUAUCAAUGAGAAACUACAUCGGCGACAAAUUCAAUAAUUCAAAACCGCACACUAUAACCCCGCUUAUGCAUUGGAAAAAAACCCUCGACAUAAUAAAGAAAUAUGAGAUCGAUAUAAAUGAAAUCCGCACAACUCCUAUACGAGCAAUUUACGAUCGUAUUAUCCAUGACCAGAAGCCGAAAUACGCCGGGAAACUAAUGACGACGAAAUGGGAAAACGUGACAAACAAACUACUAAGUCAACAAGAGAUGAUCCUUAAUUGGAAAUGCGCGCACUCCAUUUUGCCUACUCGAGCAAAAUAUCGAGUCAGGAUGGCUUCCGGGACAGACCUCUGCCCAUGGUGCCACAAUAGAACUGAAACCGAAAGACACCUGUUCAAUGAAUGCAAAGAACCAGCCAAACUAAUGGCAACUGCGAUCUGGAUCUGGGCAGAAUCAAACGAGACGACUGCACCACCAGUCACCACCAAAAUAACAAUAGAAUACAAUUUUGGAGAUCUUAUUGAAAAUAAGAAACGAAACAACCUGUGUAUUCUUCUAUCGAAAAUGAAACAAUGCAUUUGGAAUGAAAGAAACCUGAUAACCUUUAACAAAACGAUAUCAAACUCGAGAAGAGUGUUCAACAAGUUUAAGAAAGAAAUAAUAUGGCGCCACAAAAUAGAAAAAGCUAAAGAAAAGAGUUUCGAUAUCAAUCUACAAGAAGAAAUAAAGACCAUCGAACUGCUGAACGAGAGAGUUCUGAGAGAUCUCGGCAUCACUUGAGCACAAGGACAUCAACGAAGGCGACAGCCAUUGUCCCUGACAACAGCCAAGAUACAAUAUUAUAUAGAAACUGAACUGCAUCAACAGUUUUGAAAACACCACAGCUGAAACGCCUCUCUAAAUCGAAAUGACCUGUGAGUCAAAUGCCUUAACAAUCAAUAGAGAUAAAGAUUUUUCAUCACCCGACGAUCGUGGAAAAACUCAAUGAGCGUUUCUAACAGUAAAUUCGCAAUGGGGUAAUAUUAUCGUGUUGCAGAUAUGCACGAGCUUGUGUGUGUGCAUACAGAUACCCUGAUUUGCAGACUGUUAUAUGGCACCCCUACUCAAGGACAUCCGACACCGACAAGCCCAACCCAGAUUCAGUAACACGUAUACUCGAACAUCCAUUCUGGGUCAGUGUUUUGUAUUGCAUAACACUUCCACGUUAGCCUUUAUAAUAUUUGCAUUUUUACCCUUUUUUCAUCUUUGUUUUAGUGCGUGAUUAACAUAUAUAUGUAUGAAACCUGGACCCGAAAACUUAGCCCCCCCCCCCCCCCCCCGUGCCUCAGAUAUGUAGAUUCCAAAACUAAAAAUACCAAGAGAACUUCAUCCUAAAUUGCAGACGAACCAAACUACUGAAAUUACGUGAUUCACCACAAACGGUAGAAUACUA